AUGAGUAUAGUCUACGAGUUGAGCCUUGUCUUCUUAUUAUUCCAGACAGUUCAUGAUGCAAGGCAGUUGAUGACUCACAUUGACCCCAAGCUUGGUCUUCCACUACCUGAGAAAGAUUAUGGGGGAAACUGUUACGUCUACGAUGCCAAUCACACUGACCCCUUCCAUAACUUAAAGGAUAAAAUGGACGGUUUUGUGCCGACACAUUUCAUUGGCUGGUGGCUAAAAACGUUGAUUUUACGUGAUUGGUGGCUCUGUACUGUUCUCAGCAUUAUGUUUGAGAUUCUUGAAUAUACACUUGAACACCAGCUGCCCAAUUUCAGUGAAUGCUGGUGGGACCAUUGGAUUAUGGAUGUGUUGGUAUGUAAUGGCCUUGGAAUCUACCUUGGUCUUCAAACCCUACGCUAUUUAUCCUUGAAACAAUAUCACUGGAGAGGAAUGUGGAAUAUACCAACAUACAGUGGCAAAUUACGGAGAGUAGCGGCUCAAUUUACACCAUACAGCUGGACUGAUUAUGAAUGGCGACCAACAAGUAGUCUUAAACGAUGGCUGGCUAUGUUAGGGGUGAUUGCUAUUUUCCUGCUUGCAGAGCUGAAUACAUUCUACAUAAAGUUUGUCUUGUGGAUUCCACCUGAACAUUAUCUCUGUCUGGGUCGACUUGUAAUGUUUCUCUUCAUGGGUGCUGCAGCCAUGAGGGAAGUGUUUCAGUAUCUGGAUGAUCCGAUGUGCAAAAAGUUUGGCCGUCAAUCCUGGCUGAUUGCUGCUAUCAUCAUAACUGAAUUUCUAAUCACCAUUCGUUUUGACUGGGACACAUUUAGCAAACCUAUCCCCCACACGGUGGCUUGCGUUUGGCUCUUGGGUUUGCUCUUUCUUCUUUUAUGGACAUUUUGGAAGUUUUAUAUUAAACGUGAUGUCAAAAAUGAUAUUCCUAAAUUAAACCACAGUAAAUAA